CUAUGGCUCUGCCUCUGCGUAGAACCAAGUGAAAAGGAAGUGAUGAAACGAAAAGGGUUGGGUUUAUGACACGCUGGCCACUUCCUACUUUUCUUUUAUAGAAUUAAGUUGAAAAUAAAGUUCACUUAUCAGUGUCAGUACGCACUCAAGUGAUCAUGGGGAAAAUUGAGUGGGCGAUGUGGGCAAACGAGCAAGCUCUGGCUGCUGGACUCAUUUAUGCGACUGGUGGGAUUGUCGGGGUGGCUGGUCAGUUCAGAGGCUGGCAGUUUGCAGCUUUCGGCAUUGCUGCCGGUGUGUUUGUGUGUUUGCUUGAAUAUCCACGAAGCAAACGGGGCAAAGGCACCAGCGUUGAGAGAACUGGUCAGUACUGCUUCACAGUUUGUGUAAAGGCUUUUGGACCCCUGACCAGAAACUAUUACGUCAGAGCAUUCUUGCACGCUGCGCUGUGUGUUCCUGGAGGGUUCAUGUUAGCCACAGUUCUGGGAUGUGUGUGUCUAGGAAUUGCCAGUUUAAUCUAUCUUUCAGCAGCUAUUCACGGAGAGCACUGGGAGCCCAUACUGCCCCGCACAGAGCCAACAAAGCGUGUUGGGGAUAGCAUCAAAGAGCCUCCUCAAAACCCUCCACCUCGGCCUCCUCCUGAACUCCGCCGGAAGAAAGCAGAUAAACUGGAGACUGCUGCGUAUGACAAUCCCAUGUCUGUGACGGUCAAUGAAUAAGGAUUCCAUUGUGAAAACAGUAACCUAUUAUUCAAGGAGGCUUCAGUAACAAGUAACUGUAUUGAUAUGAAACAUUUAUGAUGAGUUUAUACUAACAGACUGCAUCAAGACAGAGAGAGAGAGCUAGCACUGACUUCUAUCAUGUUUAUUUUAUAUCUAUGGUGUGUAACUCUUGAUCAGUUUGAAACAUCCCAGUUAUUAUUGCUACUAAUAGAUAUUAUUGCUACUAAUAGAGGAGCAGUUUUUAUGUAAGAGAUUUUUUUUAUCAUUAAUAUAAUCAUUGAAGAAAAAACUCAUUUUACUGGGAUGCUGUUAAAAUGUUAACAGUGAUUGUGUAUAUUUACCUCAAGAGAGUGUAUAUAGUUAUGUCUUCAUUUGUACUUACAAUAAACUCAGGAUGUGCUUCAUUCAAUCAUUUGUCAUCUAUAGAAUUUAAAUAUUGGCAAGCUUCAUUUCCUUUUUUUAUGUGUUGUGCAUAUGUAUAAACUAAUGCUGUGUUAUUUCAUUUACAAAUCAAAAUUUACUAUUUAAAAUGUAGCGACAUUUUUCCUCUAAAAUACAUGUCAUCCUGAAAUGUCUGUAUUCAUAACUAAAGAAAUAAAACCAUGUACAAUGAUCAAUUUAUUAUGGCAGAA